CCGCCAUUACCCAUUAGCAACCGCGGACGUGGGCGAGACGGGAUAGCAGCCCAGGUACGGUACACGGAUUGCGAUCACUUGAUGCGCGGCCGGUUCAUGGCAUUGCGAUGGCCCAUGGUUGCUUUGCUUGCGUUGCCUGCGUUGCUUGCCUCGCAUGCCUGGGGGGAAUUGGAUUGGUCAACGCCAGGCACCAGCCCACCCAAGCAAGCGGCGGCCAAGCGCAUGAUACUAACCCCUCGGCCUCUCAAACGGCGACCCCCCCAAGCCCCAAGACCUCUGACCUCGGGGAGCUCGGAGGCUGGUCAAUACUGGCCUCCCCCAUCGUGCCCAGAGUGUCCAUCGUGCCCAUCAGCAAUCUCCCAUCCCCCCAUCUCCCAUCACGGUAGGGUCCAAACUAGAGCUCGUUGCAGAUUGCAGAACCGACACGGGGCAAAGACCAAGGAUUGCGAAAUACUCUCGAGGGCGCCUAGGGUUGGACGAGGCUGACGACACCCAAAGAGCCUUGGCUCUCGUGCGCCCAUGCUGACCCACACGCACACGGCCCACGGCCCACGGCCCACGUCGUAACGUCGGAUGGAUGCCCCUUGACAUGAGCCGUGAGCGCCCGCGGGCAGUUUGACCUCGGACCUCAUACCCCGCUCAGCCUUCAACAAGUUCCGUCUGCGGCCGACCCGCGAUCCAC